AUGUCUAACCAAUCUGGUAUCAUUGCUGAUCAAGAAGUGCUUAACGCCAUUGCUGAAUUGCCCACACGUUAUGCUUCUGUCGUUGCUAAGAUUGAGCAAACCGAUGAACCAGUGAUCAAGCUCCAUGACACUUUCCAUGAUUUAGAUGCCCUAAGAGAAUUCAUUGACGGUAACGAAGAUACUCCAUACUAUAUAAUCAUCCAUGAUGAUCCAAAGAGUAUUUUCAUUGCUUAUACACCAGAUUAUGCUCCAAUACGUUCAAAGAUGUUGUAUGCGUCUUCUAAGAUAGCUUUCCAAAGACAAAUUGGUGCGAACAACCUAAAGUCUUUCAUGUUCACUGAACCUGGCGAUAUUGAUGAGAAGUCAUGGACUGAUUCUACUGCUAGAGAGGAAUUGAUGACCGAAUCUGAACUUGAGAAACUUCAAAUAGAUGCUCAACAGCAUACGAUGAGAAAUUCGGGUGCGGUAAAGCUGGUGUCAGCUCAUAAUAGCACUGCUAACACGUUAGGUUUUAAAGUAGUUGACACUGGAAAUAUAAAGCCACUACUAGAAAAGUACAAUCUGUUAGUGUUUAAAAUUGACUUGGGGACCGAGGAGAUCAAAAUCAAAAAUAAGAUUAAUACUUCAUAUAGUGCCGAAAUAAUCGAGAGGAUUUCUUCAGACAGCCCAAGUUAUUGUAUCUUCCAUAAGUCAGGUAACUACUACUUCAUUUUGACAUGUCCUUCAGGUUCUGCUAUUAAGGAAAGAAUGGUGUAUGCGGCAAACAAAAGAGCAUUUUUGAUCAGUUUGAAGGAUUCUGACGAUAUCGAAAUCAAGAGGACAUUUGAAAUUGGUGAUUCUGAUGAGCUAGAUCUCUCAGAAUUUAACGAUGAAAGUGCAGAAGUUAAUACCCAAUCCGCUGCCAAACCAAAAUUCAAUAAACCUAAGGCACCUUCUAGAAGAAGAUAA